AUGGCCACACAAAAACGUAUCAUGAAAGAGUACAAUGAAAUCCAAAAAACAAAACAACAAGGAUUUACGGAUGUCAUUCUUCAACCCGAUGAAAACAAUAUUUAUUUGUGGUAUGCAAAAUGUCUUGGUCCGAAGGGAACCAGCUACGAGGAUGGUGUGUUUGAAUUGAAAAUACAAGUUUCAAAAGAGUAUCCGAUCACACCUCCUAAAGUUGAGUUUCUUACCAAGAUCUUUCACCCAAAUGUACAUUUCGAAACUGGAGAAAUUUGUAUGGAUAUUUUGAAAGAUAAAUGGAGUCCCGUUUGGACAUUAUUGAAUGUAUGUCGAGCAAUCAUGUCAAUGCUUUCCAAUCCUCGAGAGGGAUCGGAUUCUCCUUUAAAUUGUGAUGCUGGAAAUUUGCUGAGGAAUAAUGAUGAAAGAGGUUUCAAUUCAAUGGCCAAAAUGUAUACCAAGCUCUAUGCACUAGAGAGUAAUUUAGUCCAUUAUUAUCAUUGA